UCCCAGUCCACUAGCCCUGAACGAAACUCUUCCUUCCAUCAUCCUUCACCUUCCUAAUAAUCUCUUCCAUCAACAAUUAGCACACAACCAAACUCUUUCCAUCAAGCCAUCAAUCCCAGCAUCAAAAUAACUAUGGAAGCAAGUGACCCUCUAGCCCAAUUCUUGGCUGACGCCAGGCUUCGUUCACAGCCAUUCCACCGCGAGCAUCCCGACGAGCUCCACACCCCUAGCUGGCAUGCAGCAAGCAACCGCCCCAUUGUGGACGGCAAAUUCAACGAUCCUGAGACCGGUGAAGUCCGUGAUGCUGGAGGCUUAGUGUUCUCCGGACCCCCCGCUGUCGAUAUCAUCAUCACAAAUAUUCACGAGGGCUCGUCCAACAACAUCUUUCGCGCUCAGCUCCCCUUUCAUAUGGAGAAGCUGCUGGUGUGGAUUCUGCGGGUAGUUGGGGAACGCAAGCUCCAGCUUGAUUCUCUUAAUGCCACCUCAUAUGCGAUUCGAGUGGUGCUUUCUCAUGAAUUAAAUGAGGGGCAAUUUCAUGAAAUUGCUUAUGAGAUGGCGGGCGGGAUUUGGGGGCAGCAAUAGUGAAGGGUGCUGUGGAGUGGUAAGACUGGGAUGGAUGGGGUCGAGAACGCUCAUUUGCUUUUUGCGGGGUGAGACCCGUAAUAUGGGGCAAAGGGUAUUGCUUUAUUUGGUUCUUAUCAUCCGGGCUAGACUGUCAGAUAGGAAGUUCGACCGGCAUGGGGUUGUCUGAAGGAUCCAUGCUGUGUAACCUACGUUUCGAUAGUCUGAGACUUUAACAAAGCAUUCUGCCUUAUACGAG